CUCUCUCUCUCUCCAGUGACCUAAAGGCCUUCACUGAGCUACCGAACCUCUGUGUGUUUGUGUAUUUAUACAUCUACUUUCUCUCUCAAGAAGUGUCUAAUUUGCAAGACACAAUGGGCGCUUCGCUACCUCCCAAGGAGGCCAACCUGUUCAAGCUAAUCGUCAAAUCUUAUGAAACAAAACAGUAUAAAAAGGGGCUGAAGGCUGCAGAUGCUAUAUUGAAGAAGUUCCCAGAUCAUGGAGAAACUCUUUCGAUGAAAGGAUUGACAUUGAAUUGUAUGGACCGAAAGUCAGAAGCAUAUGAGCUAGUACGAUUGGGUUUAAAGAAUGACUUGAAAAGCCAUGUUUGCUGGCAUGUUUAUGGGCUUCUGUAUCGGUCAGACAGAGAGUAUAGGGAGGCAAUUAAAUGUUACAGAAAUGCUCUGAGGAUAGAUCCUGACAAUAUUGAAAUCUUGAGGGACCUAUCACUUCUACAGGCACAAAUGCGGGAUUUGUCAGGUUUUGUUGAAACCAGACAACAAUUGUUGACUUUGAAACCAAAUCAUCGCAUGAAUUGGAUUGGUUUUGCAGUUUCUCAUCAUUUGAACUCAAAUGCUUCAAAAGCUAUUGAUAUUCUAGAAGCAUAUGAAGGGACUCUUGAGGAUGAUUAUCCUCCAGAUAAUGAACGUUGUGAGCAUGGUGAAAUGUUGUUAUAUAAGAUAUCUUUAUUGGAGGAAUGUGGAUUGAUUGAGAAAGCUCUUCAGGAGUUGAACAAGAAAGAAUUCAAGAUUGUUGAUAAGUUAUCCUACAAGGAAGAGGAGGUUUCUCUUCUUGUGAAACUUAAUCGCUUUGAAGAAGGUGAAAAGUUGUAUAGAGUUCUCCUAUCAAUGAAUCCUGACAACUACAAAUACUAUGAAGGAUUGCAAAAGUGUGUUGGAUUACACUCAAAGAUUGGUCAAUAUUCAUCUGAAGAAAUUGAUCAGUUGGACACAUUGUACAAAUCACUUGCUCAACAAUACACCUGGUCUUCUGCUGUUAAGAGGAUCCCCUUAGAUUUUCUGGAGGGUGUAAAAUUCCGUGAUGCAGCAGAUAACUAUGUUAGGCCUCUCCUAACAAAGGGUGUCCCUUCACUAUUCUCUGACCUUUCUCCUCUAUAUAAUCACCCUGGAAAGGCUGAUAUUCUUGAAAAAUUACUCCUUGAUAUUGAGGAAUCAAUCAAGACAACUGGUGGAUACCCCGGAAGGUCAGAAAAAGAGCCACCCUCAACACUUAUGUGGACCAUGUUUUAUUUGGCUCAGCAUUAUGACAGACGAGGGCUGUAUGAUAUUGCUCUUGCUAAAAUCGAUGAAGCCAUGCAACACACUCCAACUGUUAUCGAUUUAUACUCUGUCAAGAGCAAGAUAUUAAAACAUGGUGGAGACUUUACAGCAGCUGCUGCUUUAGCAGAUGAAGCUAGGUGCAUGGAUCUUGCAGAUCGUUAUGUAAAUAGUCAAUGUGUCAAACGAAUGUUACAAGCUGAUCAGGUUCCACUUGCAGAAAAGACAGCUGUAUUGUUCACAAAAGAUGGAGAUCAGCACAAUAACCUUCAUGAUAUGCAGUGCAUGUGGUAUGAACUUGCUUCUGGAGAAAGUUAUUUGAGGCAGGGUGAUCUUGGACGUGCUUUGAAAAAAUUCUUGGGUGUAGAGAAACAUUAUGCAGAUAUUACAGAAGAUCAAUUUGAUUUUCAUUCUUAUUGUUUAAGAAAAAUGACUCUGCGUGCUUAUAUUGAAAUGUUAAGGUUUCAAGAUCGACUUCAUGCACAUAAUUACUUUAGGAAGGCAGCAGUUGGAGCUAUAAGAUGUUAUAUUAAGCUGUAUGAUUCUCCUUCAAAGCCGUCUACUGAAGAAGACGAUGAGCUGGCAAAACUACCUGCUUCUCAGAAAAAGAAAUUGAGGCAAAAACAGAGGAAGGCUGAAGCACGAGCUAAGAAAGAGGCAGAAGUGAAAAGUGAGGAAGCAGUGGGUGGUGUUUCCAAGUCUGGGAAACGAAAUGUCAAGCCAGUUGAUCCAGAUCCACAUGGAGAGAAGCUAUUACAGACUGAAUAUCCGUUAAUGGAAGCUGGAAAGUAUCUAAAGCUGCUUCAGAAACAUUCAUCUGAUUCCUUGGUGACACAUUUGCUUUCUUUUGAAGUAAAUAUGCGAAAACAAAAGAUCUUGCUUGCAUUACAGGCCCUGAAGCAACUACAACGAUUAGAUGCUGGAAACCCGGACUCUCACCGAUGCUUGAUAAGAUUCUUCCAUAAAGUGGCAUCAAGGCCAGCUCCUGUCACUGAUGGUGAAAAACUGAUUUCUGGUGUCCUUGAAGCAGAGCGACCUACUUUCAGUCAGUUGCAUGACAAAUCUCUGAUGGAGGCAAAUACUAUUUUCCUCGAACAACAUAAAGAUUCCUUGAUGCACAGAGCAGCAGUUGCUGAGAUGAUUUACUGUUUAGAACCAAACAAGAAAGGAGAGGCGAUUAAAUUAAUACAAGAUUCACCCAAUAACCUUGUGUCUAGUAAUGGAUCGGUUAGAGAAUGGAAGCUUAAAGACUGUAUUGCAGUUCGCAAAACAUUGGAGGCUAUUUUCAAUGAUCAUGAUGCUGCAUCCAGAUGGAAAGUCCGAUGUGCAGAUUACUUUCCGUACUCGACCUACUUCGAAGGCCGCCAUUGCUCUACUCUCACCGGAAACAGCGAUUCCAAACAUUCACACGCUGAAAAUGGAUCGAUUCCAUUCCUUCCAUCAAAUGGAAAAGUUUGGAGAGAAAAUGGCACCUCACACAACCAGUUAAAGUAUUUGAUGUCUUUUUAG